CAGCAAUAGUGCGGUAAGUGGUCGUCUGAAAUCACGCAUUCAGUUUUCAGCUGUCGGCGGUGGGAACACGGCGAGGAAAACGCGACUGAUGAGUUUAUAGUGGAAACGUGUUGUUUUCGAUAAAUGCGCAGUGAUUUGUCCACUUGUCCUGUAGCCUACGCCAAGCUGGAAAAGUGAUGUUUUAGGACGAUUGAACUUUCUUUGAUCCGGCGUGCACUUUCACCGAUAGACUGUACUUUCUUUUUGCUAAACUAGCUAGAUGCAACGUUAAUUUCGGGAAGGACGCUUUAAUUACAGUUUAUAUCCAAGACUCGGGCUAACAGCAUUGUGGUAUUUCUGUCCGCAAAAAUGAAUUUCUUCAUGGAGACGCUACAGUUGGUUGUCCUUUCCGUCUACUACAUUCUGGAGUCGUGGUUGAGGAUCUUCGUCGGACCGCGACGGAAGAAUGUGACCGGGGAAGUCGUGCUGAUUACGGGUGCGGGAAGCGGUAUCGGGCGACUAAUUGCCCUGGAAUUUGCCGGUCUUGGUGUGUCCUUGGUGCUGUGGGACAUAAACCAGGAGGGCAACCGAGAGACCGCCCGUCUCGCGAAAGAGAAGGGGGCAUCCUGGGCCCAGGCAUACCUGUGUGACUGCAGCGACAAAGCGGAGGUGUACAGAGUGGCGGAUCAGGUGAAGCGAGACAUCGGGGAUGUCAGUAUUCUCAUCAACAACGCUGGGAUCGUAACGGGGAGGAGGUUCAUGGAUGCCCCGGACUCUCUCAUUGAGAAAACCAUGGGAGUGAACGCCAUGUCCCAUUUCUGGACGGUCAAGGCCUUCCUUCCGGCCAUGAUGGCGAACAACCACGGCCACCUGACCUGCAUCGCCAGCACGGCCGGGCUCAUCGGGGUCAACGGCCUCGCAGAUUACUGUGCCAGUAAAUUUGCUGCUGUGGGGUUCACGGAGUCGGUGGCCCUGGAGCUCCUGUCUUCUGGGAAGGACGGCGUUAAGACCACCAUCGUGUGCCCGUAUUUCAUCAACACGGGGAUGUUCGACGGCUGCUACACCAAGUGGCCCAACGUGCUGCCCAUCCUGGAGCCGGACUACGUGGCCCAGCGCAUCGUCACCGCCAUCCUGACCGACCAGGCCUUCCUGUUCAUGCCCCGGACCGUCUACUUCCUCAUGUUGCUGAAGAACAUUCUGCCUGCAAAACUGACCGUCUUGCUCGGCGUUUACGUCGGCGCGUUUACCUUCAUGGACGCCUUCAAGGGACGAGGGAAGAAGGACCAGUGAGCUCCGAAGAAAGGUCCGCUCCGGGGAUCGAGAAUCAUCGCGCCACAGUGCCAGUUUGAAUCUAAAUCUAGAUCUAAAUUAAGUUCGUGUGGAUGAUUUUUUAACGUACAUGUCUACCUCUAAGUAAUGCGCUAAUACCGUGGUUGUAAUAGUAGGUAGAAUUAUUGUUUUUGUUGUGUGUGACUGAAUUCCCACCUUGCUUCGUCAGGAUCCCCCCCCCCCCUCCCCGAUAUACCGAAUCUUCCUGUAGUGGGUAGUAUAAAAAUAUUUUUAUUUUAGAAUAAUAAAUAAAAUCUCAACUGACUCAAAUGGGACCGUUAAAAGGGUGGGGGUCUGCGUUAAAGACUAAAAAUGAUUGCAUUGAUUUGUAUUUCCCCUUGGCUAAGGUAACCACACAACCUUACCUUGCCUCACACUAAACUGUGGUGUUGGUUAAACAAUGUGGUUAAUGUGUUCGUUUAAUAUUAUGCUGCUUUUCUUUUUCUUUCUUUCCUUAAAGCCUCAUUUUGCUUUCCAAAUGUUUUGAAGCAUGCCGUCGUAUACUUGUAUGUUUUGUGUAUGGUCCGGUGUUUCAGCCUGAUGGUAGCAUCCAUACACAAGCACUUGUAUAGAAUGUCAAUGUGCUUCAAAACAUUUGGGAGAGGGAGGACGAUGAAGAAUUUAACGUUCUGAAGCACUGGUUUUGUUGUAUCCACGAUGCCGCUUGUUACUGUGGUUAAACGGUAGUCAACGUGGUCGCUAAGGAAGCCACUGGGUUUCGAUGGGUGAUUAAUGGAUUGACUGGUAAUGGAUCGAUUGUGCUCUGAAGUGACUGAAUAUCUACGGCGUACUGGCUAACAUGUCAAAACGGCAAGUGUGCCAGUAAAAAUCAGUCCGGAAAAUGCAAGUUAAUCACUGGUUAAUUUUUAAAAGAUUUGCUGAUUAUUUUAACAGAAUAUUUUUAAUUCCCAAUUACAGCAUCUGGGGAAAAAAAUGGCAAUGGGAAUGGUUGUUACUCAUUUCAUUGUGUGUAUUUGUACUUGUUUUGUCUGAAAUGGAAAAAAUAAAAUUGAAAGCAAACUAA